ACCGCGCCCCACGAAUUCAAAGCGACACAUGAAUUGGAGCGUUUGACGGCGCCAAGCUUCGCGUUGAUACCGAGACGCGUCAAACGUGGCGGAUGGAAUAGCAGGCUUCAAAACCAAUCGGAGAAGAGAAGGGUGGUUGUCAUUCUCCAGAGUCGAACCUCAAACCUACCUAGAUGUAUCACAGCUUCCAACUCUCAACAAGACACUCUCUGUCGGGCCACCCCUCUUACGUCGGUGUCCCUCCCUCUCUCGAUCUCUCUCCUACUUUGCACUGACUUGUCAUUUACUUAUUCGCACCUCCUCCCUCACACAGCGUUACAUUUUUACUUCUCUUCCAUAACCCUCUAUCAUCCGCCGAUUGCGUUCGGAUUGCUACUCUUCUCCGUGCUCGUUGAGCUAGGUACCUGGUACGCUGGGCGUUGCAACUUGAUUUAUCAUCACUAUUGA